CUCCAACCAACUGCGUCGACGAACUAGAAGACUCGAUUCCCCGCACCACAUCCCGUCUGAACGCCCCACACGGCACGUGUGUCCGUGUCUCCGGCGGCGGCGGCCUCGGCGGGCGGAGAACGCCGCACGCACUUCGAACUCCAGGUGCGGAGCGCGUCCAUGCACCACAAGGCGGAGUACGGGCACGCCGCCCACUGGAGCUACAAGAGCGACGACGGUGGCGCUAAGGCCGGAGGAGUAGGAGAGAGGAGAUCGUGGAGGUCUUACGAUCGGCUGAAGGCGGCGGGGGCACGGCGGACGGGAAUGGACAGUCCCGCCACCGCCGUCCCCGACAGCGUGUCUUCCGGGAAGGAGCUGGUGACGUGGUUGCACCUCGAGCUCCAACAGCGCAAGGUGUUCGUGUUCGGUCCCGACAAUCUCAUCUGGGAGCUCGACAAGGCGUCCGCUACUGCGGAGAACGUCCUGGGCCGCUCCCACGCGGCAGGCAUCCGCCUCAUCGACGGUGGCGCCGCGGGUGGCAAGACGGGCAUCACCCUCGUCAACGGGAAGGCCGUGCCGAGGCACUACGCCUUCAAGAACGGUGACGUGCUGGACCUCGACCUCGCCAUGGCGUGAUGAUACGAUUGGUCAAAACUCUUGAUGUGGUAACCCGUGGAUUGUCUUUGAGGGAGGGAGUGAUGGAUCGACUGAUUGAGAAUUGCCUUGCGGCGAGAACCGUGUCCAGUGGGGGAAGAGUGAGAGUUGAGAGGAUCGAACGACGAAACAAUUUGUCGGAGGCGGCGGCGGCAGCACUUCCGUUCUUGACUCCCUUGUUGGAUGUCUUGCGUUCUCUUCGGCAGCCAUUGGAUUCGCAUCGAGUGGCUGGGUAGGGCGGUUACGCGCGAUGUCGGUCGAGUUAUGGCGAAGAGUCUUGCUCGGCCUUGGCCGGACCGGGGUGUGUUGUGCCCGCCCGAUGUGGCGCAGCGUUGUACAUAAAAAAAACGAAAGAAAGCGUAGCCCUAGUUCAUAGUGUGACGAAAGAGUUGGUUUACGCGUCGUUGGGCAAGGGCGGUGGAAACAGAAACAGCCGCUGUGAAUGACGGGUGUUGCGGACGAUUUUUCUUGGUGUAGUCAGCACAGCUAGCGACAAUGGUGUAUAUAAGCGAGGUUGUUUGCUGUUGUAUAUUUUUUCGUGUGUGUGUGGGUGCGGCCUCUCCUAAUUUCUUGUAAAUAAAAGUUGUGCGGUGCGGUGUUGGUCUUCUGAUGAUCGCACGUGGCCGAGAGGUAUUGCCGGGGUUGUCCCGCAGAUGGUUAAAAAAGGAGGGGGGGGGGGCUUGUAGGGCACAGAGUGGGAGGAUGGAUGCGUCUUGUGUUCGUUGCAGCCCUACCUUUAUCCUCUCCUUGUCGACCUAAAAAACGAAACAAAAAGCGUCUGGUCAUGCAUAGCACUAUAAUAGCUGUAUCGUGUAUGUUGAAGGGCUAUCCACUCCAACAAGUGCCAAGUAAUUCUAGGUGCAAUAACACCGAUGUCUAUAAGUUGCCGUUGUGGUGCGCGGUGGGCACGUGUCUGGGUGUGGACAGCGAGAGGGGAGGUUGGGUCUAUCAUGAUGGCAGGCCUCCGAGAAUGAAUGGACUUUUUUUUUGUGUGUGCGUGGUGGUAAGGUAAGGCUAUGAAAUCACGCUCUUCGCCCAGGGCGGCGGCUUGAACAGCCAGUGUCGUGUGUUCCUUUGGGGUAUCAUAAGCGAGGCGUUUCAGGAAAUGGGAGACCAUUGCCGUGGUGAACCGUUUGGUAUCAAAGGUUGCUGGUCGUUGCUUGUCUGUUGAGGGAGCGCGGUGGAGAUUUGUGGAUAUUGUCCGGAUUCGAAGCAAUGCGCUCUUGUUGUCCGAUUGUCGGACGGGAUGGAAAGAAGGAUGGGCAGAAGACAGACCAGAGCGACGAAGAAAUUGGCGUUUACCGAAUGAGGGCCUCGUACAUAGGGUUGUAUAAUUGUGAUGUAGCAUACAGGCUUUAAUACGGGCGAGGGUGCAUGAAGUGCCCGACCCCCGUACCCCCCACCCCAUUCGCAGGGACCCGUGUCCCUUGUUUUGUGUAGGGUGCGGCCCAUUUUCGUGUACCUAAUUGUAACAGUGGUACAGAGAGGGCAGUGGGUGCUAAGUUGCCAAUGCACGCGGCAAAGCGGUGCAUGAGGAACAAGCCGAAAGCUAUUUCGAGGAGUGGGUGUACGUGACUCUUUUUUUUUCAGUAUACUGUAUGGUUGGAAGCACUCGCGAAGUUUCGUGAUGGGCGGGGCGGGGCGUCAUGCCGUUCUUGUUUAGUUUCAAGGCCACGAAAUGUUUCCAACAGGACUGCCGAAAGGAGGCUUGUGGCCGUAAAGAAACUUGCGAUCAAAUCUUGGUGGUUGGGUAGUGAUUCCCAUCUUUUUUUUUUUUGGCUGGCCUAGGGGGUGUAGUAGCGGAGAUGGGUCGAUGUACGUGUGUGCUGGACGCACCGCCUGCUGAGGAGGGGUACUUCCAGUUUUUGUGCUGUGAGUGGGUGGAGGUCGAAGGGGGGGCCGGCUCCGUGACACGGGGCAGAUUGUUGUGGGCUUCGUGGCGUGUGUGGUGUAUUGUGUGCGAUUUUUUUGUUGUUCUGCGUGGAGAUUUUGGAUGAGAGCGACAGAGGGGAUUUUGGACGCGGGGGUACGGAGGGGAGGUCAAUCUACAGCAGUGACGAGGCAGAGAUGGAGUGGAGAGCAAAAAACGAAAAGGGUUGGAAUAGCAUAGCAUAGUUCACGUGAUCUAAGGAAAAGCGUUUGUUUGGCUUUCGGUGGGGGACGGAAUAGGGCAAGGGAGAAAAUAUCCGACCAAGAUGUUCGGAUACGGAGGUUGUCGAAGCUUGUCGCUGUACUCUCUAGUUCCCCGGUUUUGCGCCAGGGCUAGAUGAUACAGCCACUGUGUUUUCAGUUUUCAAAGGUGGCUCUAGAGCUCGACGACCAAGCGUGUCGAGGAGAAACGAGCUGGGCUGCCGAUGAUAGGCGAUGGACGGAAAUUAGGAAGGCGGGAAUGAGUUGUGGUAGGCCGUCGAGGGCUCCCACCGGAUUGCACGGAAAUUAAUAUGAAAGUGAACAUUGCGUUUUCAGUUU